UACAUGUGAAGCUUUUGGCUCUUUUCGCGCCUUUAGUCCGAGCUCAGCAUCCCCCUCAUUCAAUCCCACCACUCAGACCCCAGUACCCCACUUUGCAGGAUAUUCCCACAAAAGCAAAACGACCUAUGAAACCCUAUUUCCCCAUGGGAUGUACACUCACCAGACAUAAUAGGCUUAGUCACUCCAGAUCCGCCGUUAAUAACCUCAGUCCUGCUUGCACUAAAAUAAGUAGUCUUGCUAUAGGAAAAUAUUGCUUUUUGAAUUGCCAGCAAUCACCUCACCAAGCUUUGCUAUCAGGAAUCUUUGUUGCUACACCAAGGAAAGACUACACCCGAGGGGAAACAGCCUAGAACAUUACAGCCAAACUACACACGUUGCAAAGACCUUUGCCGUCCAAAUAGCUCGCGCCUUUGCCACAGGAAGAUAAGUCGCCCAAAUAACA